AUGGAUGGAUAUAUACCAAUUCUAAAUCAAGAUCAAAUCACCCCUGAACGCGACCGUCACUCGCAACGUGAACGCGAUAGACUCAAUCGACUUCAGAUGACAUCUCCUACAAGGCGCAAUCGUUGCCAUGCUGCCCAUGAUGAUCAGAAUAGGCCUCCGCCUCCUGUACCCCAGCCUAAUUUUGUGCCGGCUAAUGAACCCCCAGGGCCUGUUCCACAACCUCCUCUCUACUUUCGAUAUCCACCGCUACCAGUUGAGCAGUAUCCUGGCUUGCCACGAAAUGCGAUUGCACAUCAACAGGACAGAGAUGAGAUAAGACAGCAGGCACAGGCAGAACUUAUGCAGCCUCCACAGGUGCUUCCAAUUCAUAACCAGCACAUUCAACCUGCUCCUCCUGCUCCUCCUGUGUAUGGCCCUAUUCAUUAUGAGGAACCAGAUUAUCAGCAGUUUAAUCUUCAAUUUCAAAAUCAUAUCAAUGCAGAGCAAAGGGAACACGAGCGCAUUAGAAAUGACUUGCUUCAAAGGCAAGCACAGGAGGAAUUCCGUCGAAAUCAAGUGCAGCUACAAUUGCAGCAGCAAGAGGCUGAGAGGGUCCGUAGACAGGCUCAAUUGCAGCAGGAGGAGGCUCUUUACCUCCAGCAGCAAGAAGCUGAAAGGAUCCAAAGACAGGCUCAAUUGCAGCAGCAAGAAGCUGAGAGGAUCCAGAGACAGGCUCAAUUGCAGCAGCAUGAGGUUCUUCGCUUGCAGCAACAAGAAGCUGAGAGAAUUCAAAGACAGGCUCAAUUGCAGCAGCAUGAGACAGGCUCAAUUGCAGCAGCAGGAGGCUCUUCACCUACAGCAGCAGCAAGCUCUUCACCUGCAGCAACGGCAAGCUGA